AUGGCCUUAUUUUUGGGAAUUAACUUGUGUUUCUAAUUAAUACUUAAGGUUGAUCACAAAGCCAAGGAGAUUAUACUAAAGGCAGACCUUCCUAGCCCGAGAAAAGAAUUCAGUGCAUGUGCCAUUGGCUGUAAGGUUUAUGUGACUGGAGGAAGAGGAUCAGAAAAUGGAGUCUCAAAAGACGUCUGGAUAUAUGACACAGUUCAUGAAGAAUGGUCGAAAGGAGCACCCAUGCUUAUAGCAAGAUUUGGUCAUGGUUCAGCUGAACUGGAGACCAGCCUGUAUGUAGUUGGAGGUCAUACAGCCAUUGCCUUUGUUUUUCCUGCCUCUCCCUCUGUCUCUUUAAAACAGGUUGAACGGUAUGAGGCUGGCAGUAACAAGUGGACGAUGAUGGCUCCCUUAAGAGAUGGUGUCAGUAAUGCAGCAGUGGUCAGUGCCAAAUCAAAACUGUUUGUUUUUGGGGGCACCAGCAUACACAGAGAGAAAGCCUCUAAGGUCCAAUGCUAUGACCCUGUUGGUAACCGCUGGAAUAUUGCAGCUGAAUGCCCGCAACCUUGGCGCUACACAGCAGCUGCAGUCUUAGGUAGUCAGAUCUUCAUCAUGGGUGGUGACACAGAAUUCACAGCCGCCUCUGCUUAUCGGUUUGACUGUGAAACAAAUCAGUGGAGUCGUGUCGGUGACAUGACAUCCAAGCGAAUGAGCUGCCAUGCUGUGGCCUCCGGAAAUAAGCUGUACGUGGUCGGAGGUUACUUUGGUACACAAAGAUGUAAAACAUUGGAUUGUUAUGAUCCAACAUCUGAUAGCUGGAACUCCAUCACUACUGUGCCUUACUCACUGAUACCCACUGCCUUUGUCAGCACAUGGACCUACCCGCCUAAGUAGAAUACAAUAUGAGGUAAAUUCGGAAUUGCCGAAAAAUAUCAAGUAUUUUUGAUAGGUGCAUGCUGUUUCACUGCCAUUUACCAGCAUACUUGGCAACUGACCAUAUGCAUGGCAACACAAAGCAUUUCCAGUCUGUGGAAAGGUUAGGAGAGUACAACUUUCUUAAGAUACUGGGACACCAUCUGGUUGAAAUAAUAAUCAAAUUUUAUAAAUGUGUGAUACUAUCCGGUUGUGUAAUAGGUAUAUUGAAUAGUUCGAUGCUGGUGCUGUAAAAGGUCGAAAUUUCAUCAGCUGAGAUUGGCUGGCAACCGGUUCGGGGUGUACCCAUAUGACAGCUAGGAUAGGCUCCAGCACGCACACGCACAGAUAUAAGUCUCGGGCGGUCAAAACGUCUCUUUUCCUCUCCGCUCAGUGCUCAUUGGUUGGCCGAACGAGCCGCUCAAUCACAAGCUCUUCUCACAGGGAUCAAUUAACUUU